UCUCCAACGGAGACCAUGGGCAAGAUUAUCUUUUACGAGGACAAGAACUUCCAGGGUCGGAGCUAUGAGUGCGGCAAUGACUGCACGGACCUUCACUCGUACUUCAGCCGCUGCAACUCCAUCAGGGUGGAGAGCGGCUGCUUCAUGAUCUAUGAGCGACCCAACUUCAUGGGCCACCAGUACUACAUGAGGAGGGGAGAGUAUCCCGACUACCAGAGGUGGAUGGGCUUCAGUAGCUGUAUCCGCUCGUGCAGGAUGAUUCCACUGUAUCGAGGUUCGUACAGAUUGCGCAUCUACGAGAAGCCCGACUUCAGCGGUCAUAUGAUGGAGUUCAUGGAUGACUGCCCCUGUGUGUCUGACCGUUUCCACCACCGCCACGUCUACUCCAGUAAUGUUAUGAACGGCUUCUGGAUCUUCUAUGAGUACCCCAACUACCGAGGCAGACAGUACUUCCUGAGAACUGGGGAGUACAGGAGGUACCGCGACUGGUGCGCCACCUGCGCCAUCGUCGGGUCCUUCAGGAGGGUCACCGACUUUUAGCCAUGGAGCGAUAAACCUUGCUGUAAAUAUCAAACACUUAGUUUAUUAAAGCUGUUGAAUUUUUAA